AUGGAAACAACGAGGCAUUGGAGACUUUUAUCCAAAGGAUACAAGAAACUCCCAUCAAGCAACUUGGCUUCAUCUCAACAUGAGAAAAACAUAUUCAGAAGAUUUGUGAAAGUAGCACCCUUGAAGAUCAUAGCAACUAAAGCCAUCAGAAACUUGAAAACCAGGUUACGUAGACAGAAAGAAAAUUCAAGAAAAGUUAAAGAAUCCCAUUUGGAAGAUGAUGAUGAUGAUGAGUAUGAACAGAUAACAGUUGAUGACAAGAUUCAAAACCAGCACAAGGACCAGAAUCAGCGUUUGAAUCGCCAGCAGCAUUCAACUUCUAUGAAAAUAUAUGUCAAAAUAGCCUCAAACAAGAAAACUAUUGUUGUUGAAGCAAGAGGUUAUCACAUUGUCCACGAAAUCAAAUCCAAGAUUCUUGUUGCUGAAGGAGUCAAACAAGAUCAGUACUCUCUAUUCCAUGGGGGGAAAAGCCUUGAGGAUUACAGGACAUUGGUGUCACUUGGAAUAAAAACCGAAUCAACCCUUCAUUUGAUCUUCCAUCCUAGAACUUUGUUGCCAAUCAUUGUUAGAACCCCAACUGGGAAGCUUCUGAGUUUCGAAGUACAAGUCUUGUACACCAUUCGCAAUGUCAAAACAAUCGUCGAGAGCUUUGUAGGGUGUCCAGUCGACGAAUGCAAGAUAUUUUACGCAGGGAAUGAGCUCGAGGACUGCAAGAGCUUGGCCUUUUAUGAGAUCGAAGAGAAUUCGACUUUGGAGCUGCAGCCUUCUUGGAUUCAAAUUUUUGUUAAGACUUGGAGCUCAAAGACCAUAACACUCCAUGUUAUGAGAUCGAAUUCAAUCAGAGAGGUGAAGGAAAAGCUCUUUUGCAAGGUGGGAAUGCCAAUUUGCAGGCAGAAUAUUGUAUUUUGUGGAAGAAUACUUGAUGAAAAUCGGAGUCUGUUGUGUUACAAUGUGGAAAAGCACUCCACUCUUCAUAUGUUAUUGAAACAUUGA